AUGGCAACACCACCGCCUCGGACGGCUGGGCGGCCGAGUUGGCCUCGCUUGUUUCGCGGCCUCAGCCUUGGCCUGGUGAUCUGUGCUGCGUUGCCUUGGAGCUUUGUCGGACCAGUGCCCAGUGGCCGAGCAGAGAGCAAAAUCACCAGAGCGGCAACAGCGUCGUUCUCAACCCGUGAGAAUCCGGAAAGAAGACAGAAGGAGGCACAGCAGCUGCUGGAGGAUAUCCUGGACGUUGUCCGCUCCGCUGGUGUGGAGGCGGGCGCCGUACGGGGUCUGCAGGCGCUGCGAGCUGCGGUGCAGACAGCGGUGGAAGCAGCAAGGGAUGGUGAACUGCAGGAGGCUUUGGAGACGAUCCAGCGUUUGGGGAGUGACGGCAAGGUGGAUGACGCCCCACUGGCUCGGCUUUUGCGGAAGCUUUUUCAAAAGCUGGGCAGUACCUAUGUGAAGCUGGGGCAGUUCAUCGCCUCGUCACCUACCUUAUUCCCGGCGGCCUAUGUCCGGGAGUUCCAGCAAUGCUUGGACCGGACAGAGCCCACCAGCUUCCGGGCCAUCCAGCGGACUGUGGAGAAGGAUUUGGGCCGUCCCAUCUCCGAGAUCUUCCAAUCUUUCGAGGAGGAGCCCUUGGCAUCGGCCUCAGUGGCGCAGGUGCACCAAGCCGUCCUGAAGACUGGAGAACGUGUGGCGGUGAAGGUACAGAAACCUGGAGUAGAUCGAGUGCUCAAGGCAGACUUGGGUUUUCUUUUCAUCGCUGCACGCACCUUAGAGUUUCUUAGUCCAGAGCUUGCUCGAAGUUCCCUGGUGGACAUCGUCUCUGAGAUUCGCACCUCCAUGCUGGAUGAGUUGGACUUCACCAAGGAGCUCGACAAUGUGGAGACCUUUCGACGCUUCUUGCGGCAGAAUGGUUUGGAGGACAUCGCAGCAGCUCCAAGAACCUUCCCAGAGGCUUCUUCUAGCAAGGUCCUGACGAUGGAGUUAUUCACGGGUGUCCCUCUCACCGAUCUUGAAGGUAUCAGCCAGAACAGCCGAAAUCCAGAGCAAACCCUGAUCAACGCCUUGAAUGUUUGGUCUAUGUCUGUCCGUGGGUGCGAGAUCUUCCAUGCGGAUGUCCAUGCUGGAAACCUCCUGGUCUUGCAAGAUGGUCGUGUGGGCUUUAUCGACUUUGGCAUCGUUGGUCGCAUCCCACCAGAGAUUUGGUCUGCAGUAGAGGGCCUAGUGGUGGCCUUCGCCCGCAACGACGCCACUGGUAUGGCACGGAAUUUAAUUGCCAUGGGAGCCACUGAAGCGACAGUGGAUGAGGUCUCCUUGGCUCAAGACGUGGCCUCUGUCCUGGGACGCAUCGCUGGUUUGGAACCGGAGGUGGUGCUUCGAGGCAAAGGUGAUGGCCGUGUCGUGGCCGAAGUGGCGUUGGACAAUGACCAGGUCACAGAGCUACUGCUGGAGGUGGUCCGCGUGGCUGACUCCAACGGUCUGAAGCUGCCCAGGGAGUUUGCCCUGCUGGUGAAACAGGCCCUCUACUUUGAUCGCUACACCAAGUUGUUAGCACCAGAUUUGGAUCCUCUACGGGAUGAGCGUGUCUCACUUGGCAAUGUCAUUGACGUAUGA